UUGGUAUUAUAGUCGGAUUGAGUUUUGUAUGUGCUGUGCGUGCGGAGCCUAAUAAGCAAAAGGAAGAAAAACCGAAUAUUACAUUUCGAAUUCAAGGCGAGGACUUUACAGUAAGCGCAAUUCAGGACGCCGGUUCCAGUCCUCAAAUUUAUUAUUUGCCAAGUCCAUUGUGUUCACCGGCGCCAUCACCAGUUUCGCCAUCAUUAGGACUUGGUGACGUUGAUGUAUUUAAGCAGAUAUUAGAGGAAUAUGUCGAGAAGACGCCGCGUUUGGCGAAUCUAAUCUUGGAGUGCAGAGAGAAGUCCCUCGUCGAUAACUCAGCGGCGGCAAUAAUUGUUAACGAGUUUGUGUCGAAAUUGGUAGACUUAAAAGGUAACUCACCAUGCACUCGAGACCAGAUAUCUUUUGCAAAGGCGAUUGUUGAAAUUCUGCCUUUCUGGAAAUAUCCGGGAACGCCAGACGGAAUUGAUAUUCUUUAUGAUGAAAUUAACCGGUCUGGCCUAAUUCAACAACGACUCAAGUGGAUUCACAGAAACAUUAGGAAACCGGAAGUUGAUACGAGGCGUCGGAAAAAAGAAGAAAGUCAAGGUGGCCCAAAGCCAAAAAUAGCGAAAGGCGCAGAGGAGGUUUUCCCCAACUUGGAAUUAACGGCGGCCCUAAAUUCAAGCACUAAAAAAGGUGAAAUUGUAUCACUCAUGAAGGAAACUUUUGAACACAGAAACCAGAUAAGACGGUCAAACGAUCAAUCAGUGCUACGUGUGUACUCAAAAUUUGCGGAAUGUUCCUACUUGGUUAAUUUUGAGUUUUCGCUAAUGUUUCCUGACCUUGAACAAAACUUUCUAAACACGUGGCCGGAAUUUGCUGACCGAUUGAUUGCGCACUGCAAAACUUUAAGUAAUUCGCCAGCCCUAUUGAAAUUCGCAAACAAUAAUUAUGAUAAUUGGGACAAAUCAAUAGCAGCUCUAUUUGUUCUGUUACACCUUAUUCCUCCAAGCGCUCAAGGGAGAGGGAAAGGGGGACGCUGUAAAAUUGACGACGCAAAGUUAAAGUUGGUUACUUUUUACCGGGCUGAAACGCCCUUGAAAUCAAUUGUGGACACUUGGAAUUUUGAGACUUCCCAACCAGCGCUCAUUGUACUAGGCGAGGACCACUCCAAUUUGACGUCCUUCUACAUAAUUUGUGAUCGAAUCCUCCUCCCAAUCAACGCAAGAACUUCAACCGAGGCAAUCGAUUCCCUAUUUAAGGCUCAUUACGUAAUUGGAACAGAAUACGACAAAAAUUUGACCGGAAUUUGGAAGUUUAUUCAAGUACACAUUUUUCAACUUGAAACAACUACUCAGCUAUCAAGAAAAGUGAAACAAGUGUUCCAGCAAAUUUCUACUUAUCUUCAAACGUCAAAUUCCUCGACAAAUUAAAAUGUAUACUUGUGGUCCAUGUGGAAAAGUAUUUUGUAAAUUUAGAGAGAUUAUAGUACAUUUUAGGUGCAUUCAUAAUUACGGUGAGGCAAAUUUUCCAGCUACAAUAUGUCCUAAACAGUCUUGUAGCACACAAAUAUGUACAUGGAGUGGAUUGUUGAGGCAUUUUAAGUCCCACGAAAUUGUUUUAGAUUCUGAAAAUUAUGAUAAGAAUUUUGAGGAAAAUUUAACUCCCUCACUUAAUUUAGUAGAUCCAGUCUUAGAUGACGUAGGUAAUGAUCCCAAUUUAACUGAAUUUAAUGAACAAGCAGAUAUUACUACCAAUUUAGGAAUUAACGUAAUGAAAGAUAUUUUAAUUUCAUUCUGCUCGUCAUUGUUAGCCUCAGGUGUUACCAAUUCAACUGUGGACUUUGUUGUUAAAGAGUUUGAAAAUUCGUUUCUUCAAAUUUCAAAAUUAAUUUUAAGGAUAAGCAACAAAUUUUGCAAAGAAAAUUUUGAGGACUUUAGUUGCCAGUCGCUAUCUUUAAUAGAAGCGUUCAGUCACGUAAAUUCUAUUUACAAACGACAGAAAGCGUUAGAAAAAUAUAGCCAAAUAAUUAUGCCAAAAGAAUAUUCGUUAGGAAGUAGGCUGGAGCAAAGGGUGAGAGAUAACAAACGUCAAGAAGUUAUUGUAUCAGAUACAUUUAUGUAUGUACCAAUUCUCAAGAGUUUAGAAAAACUUGUUUCAUCUCCAGAUAUUUAUCAGUGUUUUUCAAAAGUUGUACCUUCAAAUUCCAAUUCAAUCGAGUCAUUUAAAGAUACAGUUGCAUUUAAAACUAAUUGUCUUUUUUCAAGGAACCCGAAUUCUAUUCAAAUUCAACUUUUCUAUGAUGAUUUUGAAACAGUCAAUCCCCUUGGCUCAAAACGAGGAAUUCACAAAUUGGGAGCGUUUUACUUUACUAUUAAAAAUCUUCCAGAUUAUAUUAAUUCCCAACUUAGCUCAAUACAUUUAUUAGCCUUGUUUUAUUCGGAGGAUGCCAAAAAGUAUGGUAUUAAUUCAAUUCUGAAAUUAAUAAUUCCAGAUUUCCUGUAUCUUGAGAAAGUGGGCAUAUCGGUAAAUGGAUCUGAUAGAAUUUUUGGUACUUUGUGUUCUCUUGCGUUUGACAACUUAGGUGGAAAUAGUUUGCUAGGAUUUAAUGAGUCGUUUAAUUCCCAUUAUUUUUGUCGAAUAUGCUGUACAUCUAAAAGUGAAGCACAAGAAAUAUUUGAGCAUAGCAAAAUGAUAGUCAGGGACAAAAGUAAUUAUGCCAAUCAUUUAAGUGACAAAUCUUUUGGUGUUCAAACUGAAUGUAUUUUAAAUCAACUUAAUUAUUUUAAUUUUUUAGAUAGUCCGUCUGUUGACAUUAUGCACGAUUUACUGGAAGGUGUCGUUCCGUACGAAAUCAAACUAGUUUUACAAAAAUUAAUAUCUUUAAAGUGCUUUGAUUUAGAUUUAAUUAAUCAAAGAAUUCAGGCCCAUAAUUUUGGCUAUUUAGAAUCAAAGAAUCGCCCAAGUCCAAUACGACUAGAAGGAUCGGGAAACAAAAUUGGACAAAAAGCUUCUCAAGCCUGGUGUCUGAUUCGGUAUUUACCAGUGAUUAUUGGGGAUUUAGUUAUUAGUAAUGAGCAAAAAAAAUAUUGGGAAAUUUUAUUGCAACUUUUGGAGAUUUUGAGCUAUGUAUUUUGUCGGAAAUUUUCAGAAUCUACUUUGUUAUUAUUAGAUGCAAAAAUAGUUAGCCAUCAUAAUCUAUUUCGUAAGUUGUUCCCAGAUCAAAAACUUAUCCCCAAGCACCAUUUAAUGUGUCACUAUUCUUUUGUCAUUAGGCAAAGUGGGCCAUUAGUAUCAAUGUGGGCCAUGCGGUAUGAGGGGAAACAUAAUUAUUUUUCUCAAUUAGCAGGACAAAUAAGAAAUUUUCGUAAUAUUUGUUCAUCGUUGGCUAAAAGGCAUCAACAGUAUAGUUCUCAUUUGUUAAAAACUAUUGAAAUUAAUGAGGGGGUUAGGGCAGAUAAUAUAGUAGUAUCUAAUUUGUAUGAAUUUGCUGAGUCUUUUGAUUUAAUCGAGAAAUUAAGACAGUUUGACAUAUUUAAAGAAUGUGACGGAAAUACAAAAGUUUAUACAGCAAAUAAGGUCUGGUAUCGUAAUUAUAAAUACAAAAUUGAUUAUGUUGUUUGCUAUGGAAUGGGAAAUAUUUUUCCAAAUUUUGGUGUAAUUCAGGACCUAAUAUUAAUUGAUGAAACCAGAUGCCUGUUAUUUUUGAAAAAGCUAAAUGUAGACUUCUUUGACAGACACUAUUUUUCCUAUAUUGUUACACGUACAAAUGAUUUGUUUGAAGUUGUGGAUAUAUCUAAUUUAAUUGUUCAUGAAUGUUUUGAGUUUCAAAAAAAUUGUAAUACCGAUGCUUUUCAUUUAGUUUUAAGGCAUUACUUGUAAAAAUAUAUGUAUUUGUAAUUUAGGCUAUAUAUAACUUGAUUGGUUUUUGUAUUUAAUUAAGUUGUGUAGUUUAAUUAUUGCGAAUUAUUACAAUAAAUAAUCAAAAUAAUUACCGAAAUAGUGAAACAUUUAUUACCAUAAUAAUAAAUAUCGAUAAGCAAACGAUAAUAAUAUGAUUAUGGUGCGGUGUUGAUUAUUUACCACCCAGUAAUAAGCAUCUUUAUACAUUUAUCAUAAUAUCAUUACUGGCUAAUAUUACUUCAUUACUGCGUGCAGUUGCAGGUUCAUAUUGCAUGAUAUUUAUGAUAUUAUUGUGGAGUAAUACGUUAAUGCCGGGAUGGUAAUCUUUCUGUUAAAUACCGCGCGGUAACUAACCCAUUACCACAGCAGUAGAGUCAUAUAUAGACUACACGGGGUAAUGAUUCCGGUAAACAUUUUUCGGAGAGUGUAUGAAUAUAGAUUUUGAAAAUAUGUUAGGUUUCUCCAUAACGUGGACGCGGUGGCGUCCACUGGGUCGACAUGAGCAGGUAGCUCGCUGACAAAGGGAUUUGUGUGGGCAUCCCCUAUUAGGAUGAUCGGAGGACUAGGUCGUGUGGGGAACUCUGGGCGUGUAUGUCAACUCGGGCAGAUGCAUUUGGAAACGGGGACCAAAAUAAUUUGCUGAGAAACUCACCCGUAUGCACUAAAUACUGAGUAAUAUGUUUACUAUUUAUUCACCCAAUGGAAUUUACGAAAGGAAAAUGGAAUUUGUACAGAAAUUAUAAACCGGAAACAAACAAAAAUGGAAACACUAUUUUUUCUCUACCACACUACCAUACACUACAGCAAAAUUUUU